AUGGCAACCAGGUGGGGAAUCUGCAGCGCGGGGAAGAUCAGUCAUGACUUCACGGUGGCCCUGAAAUCUCUUCCUCCCGAAGACCACCAGGUUGUGGCUGUGGCCGCUCGCAAGUUAGGAUAUGCACAGGAGUUUGCCAAAAAGCACAACAUCGCCCGAGCAUACGGCGGCUAUGAAGAGCUGGCAAGAGAUCCAGACAUAGAUGUGGUCUACAUUGGAGUUAUCCACCCCUACCAUCUGAGCACUUGUCUGCUCUUCAUGAACGCUAAGAAAAAUGUGCUGUGUGAGAAGCCGCUGGCCAUGAACACUAAGGAGGUGCAGGAGAUCCUGGCUUCUGCCAAGAAUAAUGGCGUCUUCUUCAUGGAGGCUGUCUGGACUCGAUUCUUCCCGGCCUCAGUGGAGAUCAGACGGCUGCUGGCUGAGGGGGAGGUGGGAGAGCUGAAGAUCGUGAAAUCUGAGUUUGGCGUGCCGUUGAUGCACGUGGCCAGAUCGGUGAGGAAGGAGCUGGGUGGCGGAGCAAUGCUAGAUCUUGGCAUCUACUGCUUGCAGUUUAUAUGCAUGGUGUAUAGAGAGAAGCCAGAGUGCAUCCAGGCCAUGGGAGUCUGCUUGGAAACAGGAGUGGAUGAGACUGUGGUUGUGACUCUGAAGUUCUCCAAGAACAGGAUGGCAGUGUUUACUUGCUCUAUGGGUGUGCAGCUGUCCAAUGACGCCAUUAUUGUGGGCACAAAGGGCACCAUCAGGAUCCCUGAGCACAUGUGGUGUCCCACAUCAUUAGUGGUCAAUGGGAAGGAGACUCAGUACCCGGUGCCAGAACCCUAUCUGCCUCUUAACUUCACCAACAGUACAGGGAUGCGUUACGAAGCAGAGGAGGUUCGACAGUGUUUGCUUAAAGGACUAAAAGAGAGUGCAGUUAUGUCCCAUGCUGACUCCCUGCUGCUGGCUGAAGUGGAGGACGAGGUUCGCAGACAGGUGGGGGUGGUAUACACCCAGGAUUGCCAGUAAAUGUUGAACAGGAAGUGUUGUUGCAUAAAACAAGUUUAUGAUGGAGAAUAAAUUUUUACAUUCA